GAUCUCGCAAAUGCGAUCCGACUAUGAACAGACGUAGGGAUCUGUUUCGGAGUUUCGGUUGGGAUUUGGGACAUUCGUCCGGAAUUACAUCGACCUUGAAUUUGAACAAUGGAAAACGCCUAGUUUUCUCCUUUUCCGACAGGAGUCUCUGCGCGACCCUUCGAUUCGGAGCAGUUCGAGGACUCCUGUCAAACGCUCUAUUGAUAGACCACUGCCGAUGCUGUGCUGACCGACGUGAGAAGAAGAUCCUCCGGUGGUUCGUAGAGGCGACCGCGGUGUUUUCCAGCAUCACGUCUGGGAAUCUGAGACACUUGUGGGACGCCGAUAGCCGGACGACCACCGUGUAUAUCGGAUUUCCCUACGAAGGUGCGGAAUUCCUUUUAAUUAACCAUGGCACAGGACAGUUCGUCUUCGAAAUCCGCCGCGCAAUUCAAACUAGUACCCAAAAUCAUAAAUGGCGGCAUCGCUGGGAUUAUCGGAGUAUCGGUGGUGUUUCCGCUUGAUUUGGUUAAAACGAGAUUACAGAAUCAAGUUAUCGGUCCGAAUGGCGAACGAAUGUACAAGUCGAUGUUUGAUUGUUUCAAAAAGACUUACAGGGCGGAGGGCUACUUUGGAAUGUAUAAAGGAUCCGCUGUAAAUAUCCUGCUGAUCACGCCUGAGAAAGCCAUCAAACUUACUGCCAACGACACAUUUAGACAUUAUCUCUCUCCUGGAUCAGGACAAAAAUUGCCAUUAGAACGUGAAAUGCUCGCCGGCGGUCUGGCGGGAGCAUGCCAAAUAAUCGUUACCACUCCGAUGGAGCUGCUCAAAAUACAAAUGCAAGACGCUGGCAGAGUCGCCAUGGCAGCUAAAGAAGCGGGCAAAGCAGUGCCAAAGGUAUCCGCUUGGUCGUUAACGGUAGAUUUACUUAGGAAACGAGGUAUUCUGGGAUUGUAUCAAGGAACGGGUGCCACCGCGCUUAGAGACGUUACGUUUUCCGUUAUUUACUUCCCGUUGUUCGCUCACUUGAACGACAUCGGUCCGAAACGCGAGGACGGUUCGGCCGUGUUCUGGUGUUCAUUCCUUGCCGGUUGCGCCGCCGGCUCGACGGCCGCACUGAUGGUAAAUCCGUUCGACGUAAUCAAAACUAGACUGCAAGUUAUCAAAAAAGCACCUGGUGAACCAACGUACAACGGAGUGUUAGACUGCAUAACAAAGACGUUCAAGAACGAGGGCCCGACCGCGUUCUUCAAGGGCGGCGCUUGCCGAAUGAUCGUGAUAGCGCCGUUAUUCGGCAUCGCCCAAACCGUCUAUUAUCUCGGCGUGGCCGAGUGGCUGAUGGGGUUGAAGUGAAAUCGCCAUAUCGACAACGACGAAGUUCGUGCCGUUCAAAUGCUCUGGGAUGACUGACAAUAAUCGUUGUAGACGUAGUUGUAUUCUGGCUUCUGGGAUCUCCGUCGUCGAUCAAUUCAUGUUGUUGCCGAGACGGAUUCUCGCUUUACAUAUAAAAAACAAAAAAAAAAAAAAGAAAGUGAAAGAAAGAGUUAUAUAUAUAUAUAUAU